CAAAUACUUUUAUGGAUUCGAAACUACAAAUGAAAAACCAUCUUUGUUCCCAGACUGAACACAGUUGGAUCCGCAUUUCGUUCGAGUUUAAUUCUGUAUUCCGUAUUUCGAACGUUUUGUUUAUUUCGAUCGACUUAUUUUAACAGGGUGUCGACUUAAAAUUCGAAUAAAAAUUUCCUAAUAUUCCAGUAAUUUUCAAAUAAAUUUCCAGAUGUGACUAGUAAUACUCAAGAGUGUGGUAAUGGAUCCACGUUUCAUCCAUUGUCACAAAACCCUUUAACAACGCCGCACCGGCUGUUGGAUCAUCAACGCGCUGCUGUUUUUGUUUGACGGUCAGCUUUUUCAUGUCCAAAAUGUCGUAAAAAAUUUAUCCCACUCGUUCUUUUGAAAUGGCUACGGCCUCCCCUAACUCACGUAACUUCACUUUACGAUCGUUCAAAAUGCAUCGAUGCACUCGUUUUUCGAUUUCUGCAUUCGUAGCCUCAUGUUUCGGCCCACCAGAGCGAGGUGCAUCUGCAGUGCUUGCACGGCCCAUUUUAAAUUCACUAAACCACAGAUAAACUGUUGUUCUCGAAGGAGCAGAAGUGAAAUAACAUUUCGUCAAUCACUGCAUUGAUUGUUCGGGAGUUUUCCCCAUCAGGAACAAUGUUUGAUCAGAAUACAAUAUACCUAUUUUUCCAUUCUCUAUACGAAUGCUUCGGUAGUGACACUCAAACAAUUGUAGUUUGUGAACAAAUAAACGAAAUUUCAUGAAACUUCACGCAUAAGCUAGUGACAGAUGAACCUCUCGAAAUUAAUCUUGUUCAUUUUUCGUGGCGCCAUCUGUUGAAAAAUCUCGGGACUUUUCAGCCCAAGUAGUAAUAGAGCCCAUUGAAUUGUUUGUAAUUUUUGAUUGAGUUAAACGAUGACUGAGAAGUGUCGUGCAAGAUAAGAAAUUGGAUUUAUGACACCAGACUUUUUUUUUUAAUUCGUAAUUUUUCACAAGCUACAUAGGUUCUAAGGAGCCAAACUCUUAACACUCCUAUAUUCGCGUGAAAUAUCGUAAUUUGUUUACUCUGGAGUGUGCGUCUCUGCGAUAUUGCUAUUGUAUAUUUGUAGACGUUAUUGGUAUUUAUUCAAAGAAUAAGAUACAGUUGAGUGAAAAAAACUCAUCUCUUUUCACUUGUGCGAUGCACGCCUCAUUCUAUACACACACACACUCAUACACAUCAAAUUCUAGCGCCCUCUUUGUCUUUGCUCGUUCUAAGCAAAGCAUAACAGCGCGUAUACGCUUGUGUGAAGAAAAAUAUUUCAACAGAGAGAGCCAUCAAGAUUCAAGCGCGCAGUAUAGAAAAACGGCGCAAGCACGGCGAAAAAUUCAGCGCAAAACUGGGCGCAAAAGCAGCGCUAACAACAAAUCAUUUCAUCUGUGUUUCAGAGCGUGCUCAUUCGCCAGAGCGCAUGUGUACACAGGGAGUGGGAGCUCAUCUGGGUACAAAAAUCUUGUUACACAUCAGGGCCCUGCGGCCACCAAUCCUUCGUACGUUCUCUCCUUUCCGGCGAAGCUCCUGCAGUGCGGCGAUACCAAAGUGACGGGAUUCAAGAUUCAAGGAUCCUGUCGCCAUCCAGGAUAUUUUGCGAUUUACAGUUCCGGGACCGAGUUUCCAUUCGUCGUCCUUUAUUCUUUGCCGUCUGUUCCGAUCCGUAUUUCCUUUUUGAUUGUUCGUAGUAAUUUGUUUCUCACCAUGUCACCUUACUAGGGUGUCGAUGGCUAGCUUCGUGACGGGUCUGCCAGAAAAUAUUUUUUCUUUAAAUUCAUUCAGUUUUAAUAGUCAUUUAAUUCAGCCACCUUAUUGAUGCUCGGUCUGUCAGACCUAUACGCGAGUAUAGGAGUGUUAAUUAUAUUUUUAUACUACUAAAUAUAAACAUUUUUCCUUACAUCUAUGGCUAAUCAGGUAGAAAACCGUUUACUCGCGGCCCACUCGUGUUUAGAAGGAUAACAUAUUUUCUUCAGGAAACUUUUAAGAAAACAUAGAUCUGAGUUUGAAGCUAACCUUAGGAAUAAUCGAGUGAAGUCACCGGCCCCAUUCAUCUUCGUUCCAUUCGCAUUACAAGUUAGCGAUGGUAUUUUUACGGACUAAAGAAUAAAAUUCAUUGAAUGCGAUUUGACGCUGAUAAAUGUCACCAUCAAUUAAACCCACCUUUGCUAUAUGUCAGCCCUCCCGUUACCUGGAAUUGAGCAAUGUGAAGGGAUCAAGUCAAAGGUGAUGACAUAUCAGCGUCUGGAUAAAACACUCAAAAUUUCUCGUAUCUUUUCAGGGAAAUAGAGUGAGCUUUUUCGGCCUCACUGAACCGAUAACUUCAACAGAGCUAAGACUAUCCGUUACAAUGUAAUAGUCGUCAAAAGGUCGCGAGGCGACGUUGUCCAACGGAUUGUGUAUGGCUGCCAAUUCAGCAAUAUAUACUGAGCAAGGUAACUGAAAGUUUUGGGAGGCACUGGAAAUUUCGCUGUACACUCCAAAUUCGGUGGACUCGUUCAUAGAGGACCCAUCAGCAGUGGCGUCGAGUGAAGCUUUGGCACCCGGGGCGGAAGAGUCGAUUUGAACAAAAGAGGACUAAAAAAUGAGCUCAGGGGGAGACCUACUCAGCCCUAUUCUGUAUUCCGACGGAUUUCCAUUUCGCUCGAAACAGUUAUUUCGUUCGAGUGAUAAUUUCGAACGUUUUGCCCAUAUAAUAUUCAAAGAGAAACAGAUUAAUCGAAAUGCCAAAACAAGUCGAACGGAAUACAGAAUUGAAUUUUAUCAAGUCGUUAAAAAUAUUUCGAAUCGGUCGAAAUAUAGAAUAGAGGUGACUGCCAAAUCUCCGUAGGAAAAAAUCAAAUGUUACUCACAAAGCAAGUUUAUAACAUAUUAUUCAAUAGAGACGGCAGACCCCGAGAGUGUAAUUUGUCUGACAAAACCUUUAUUGAAACAUGAUCAAAAGCCCCUUUUAUGUUUCAAAAUACUGAAGCCAUCUGUUUUUUUAUGCCCAAGCUAUUGAAUUUCUAAACAACACAAAGUAGAACAAUCAUUCCUUCCUUUGCCCCUGCGGAACUAAUAUUGUAUUUUUGGGAGUGGACCAUUUGUUUCAACCCAUCUAUCAAGUCGAAACAAGAUCAAUUUUUCCAACAAUUUCCGUAUACAUGAUAGCAUUGCUAUUGGGCGGUACGAAUUGUACGAAGGGUUUUUCGGGUUUUUUAAUAGCUAACUCGUACUUAUCUCCAAUCAUCCGGAACAAUAUUAUGUUCCAGAAACUGAUUAAAUAAAUUCAACAAUCGAUGUUUCGCCACAUCAGGAAGGUUUUUCAACAAGUAUGCCAUGAUUAUUGAUUCAAAAAAAUACAACCCAUUGAAAAUAGAAAUCGUUAUUAGUAGGUAGUCACUACUAUUGGGGUCAUGUAUUACAUACCACUUGCGAUCUAACGAUAGUGAAUUAGAUCAAAGCGAGAGGUACUAUAGCACUUGGGAUAGCAGGAGGUUUAAGUACACGUGUUGUUUCCCCAGUGUUCAAAAUUGUCAUAUUGAAGCUGGUACAAAGGUUAUAUAUCAACAAUGAAUGGCUGUUGUCGUACUGUCCCCCCAGGCAGUUCCGUGAGAGUUGAAAUCUCCCAAGACCAACCGUGUCUCAGGAAGAAGUGAGCUCGGAGGCGCUUGCCAUUAAUUGCCAUUAAUGCUGGAAAUCAAACUAUUAUCAUUAUCGCUUACCCCAAAUCCAACUCCUGAUGGUCCUUUUGAGCUGUCCCAGUAUCUGAUCUCAUGGAGACGGUAUUUUUCUGCUAUGAUGGCCUUGAAAUAUUCUAGCAGAACGGUCGAGCUCGCCCCGGAUCGAAAGUUGUUCUUGAUACCGUUCUCGACGAGAACAGUUGGGAACCUCCACUCGUUCGCACCAAACCAGUAUUGUUUUGCCACCGGGGGAGGUUGGCAUGCCCCAUCGACUGCAGAAUCGUGUUGCUAAGGGUGGUCAGGUGGGUCUCCCUUCUACCGCUGGUUUUAGACAAGAAACUGGCAGGUCGGCUACGAUCGCCGAGUAUAUGAUUAGAUCGAAAGAAGGUUCUCCAAUUUCGGCGCAGACAGAGGUAGUUGGAUGCGUAUGACUCGUAGACUGCUUGUGCUGACCACUUUCUCCACAUUAUCGUUGAAGAAUUGAUGUGCGAACGGGCUAUCAAUGACGAUGUACGGACAAAAGAUCACAGCGUUCGCUGUGAAAGUAUUCCUCCUUUCGUAGACUGCGAUUUCCUUGGCCACUUCAUUUAUCCACGGAUAAUGCACAAUAUGGAAGAAACGACAAAAGAAUCACUUAACCGACCACGAAGUCAAUAACGAGGAAUGUCGGAUACUUUUAUGUAUCCGAUCCAAUAUGUGAGAAUUUGAGCGAAGACGUACGAGUAGCGAAAAUGAACACGCUAGCGGUGAGGUCAAUACGUCAAUACAUCGCGAGGUGAGGGUUGAGUUCAUUCGACACGGCACUAAGCAGGUUUUUUCUCAUCGGCUAGCUACAGAACAGUCGUCGUACCGUAGUAUUCCCACGAACCUCCGAUAAGCAAAGGAACUAUAGCAGCUUUUCCAACCGGUUCCGAUGCAUUUUUCGGCACAAACGUGGUCACACAUUGGAUCACGAUUUGGGGAUUUCGAAACGGAAACAAGAAACGAACCACUCGAAGGAGAAUCGAGCGUUUCACGGUUUGGGUGAAUGAUGCGUUUGUGUAUUUUCACUCCUAACUCCGCACAUAGCUUUCUUGCCUAUUUUUUUUCUUCAUGGCGCCUUUUCGAACGAAACCAUUGCGUUCUCAAUUGAAAAGUUCCUACUAACCUAAAACUCCUAACCUAAACAAAGCUCUUCUUUCGCUCCAAGCGACUGGGGUGUCAGUUUCACUUUCCCUUACGUUAAAAAAUAUAUUUGAAUCACAUUUGCUGUGUAAUAACCGUUGCUUUCUGGUGUGCAAUAGUUAUACUUCCUUGCUAUGGCUAUGCUUAACCGGUCUGCUUCCACUAAUCUAAUCGCAAAUACAAUGAUUCGUUCCUCUUAAAGUGUAGAUUCUAUCGUGAUUUCGUGCAAAGAUACUCGUACUUGUAUUUCAUCAUAUCUGGUUAUUUUGUUCCGAGUUAAGUCGAAGAACUGACUCAAUUGCGAAUUUCGACAGGCUACAUGAUCAUGGCGAUGCUAUUCCUAGGCUUUCCGGUUACAUGAGGCUAUAAACUAUCGCAAUUGAGUUCGCUCCUGUUUCCGCUGUCGGAUGAACGUAAUUGCGAUUAAACAAUAAAUAACAUUCAAUAAAACAGCUAACAUGAACCUAAUAUUAGUAUGGUUAUCGUUUACUAGUAGUGUUAUUAUUGGUAGUUUGUAGUGAACUAAAACAAUAUAUGCUGGUGCUCGCAGUUUUGGUUACACUGUAUGUAAAAAAUUAAACGAAUGCAAUAGUUUGCCCACUUUCACGCGCUAUAGGAACGUUUAGUUGAUGCGGCUGUUUGCAGGUUUUUACGAGAUUUUCUGUUUCGGUCUCCCAUAUUAUACUGUACGAUAUAUGAAAUAUUGAAUUGUUUACACCGUUUUAACUAUUAAUGUGUGUGAAUUUUUGUAGUUGGCUGCUUCUAUGUGUUUUAUGGAUUUCUUAUUUGUAGACAAUUGUAGGUUUAAUAGUAUUGUUUUUUUUUCAUUUCGUGUUAAACACUCACAUGCGUUCACAGUACGCACACUUGCUAGCUGAAUCAUUAAUGUACUCUACUGACCAAAAAAAAAGCUCGCUAAAUUCAAUUGCAAAUAAUGAUUGUGAUGAGAGUCAAAUUCAAAAAAGAAAAAAAAAUGCUUUCAGGUUUGUCCUUGAAUAAUGGCGAACGAGUUCCCAAUUGUGUUAGUGUUUCCUACUAUCCCUACUACUCCAGGGAAACAACCUAGGUUCUAUGUGAAUAAAUGGUCUCAAAAUAUCAUCCAAAACCACGUCUAACGAUUUGUUUAAAAUAACUUCCAAUACUGAGAGGUUCUUUCGCCACCGCAGCUCAGAAACAUGGAUGUUGGUCGAUCUAUGAGUAAGGCAAAUUCUUUGGAUUUUUUAGCAAUCUCCUUGUCAAAAAUCUGAAACAUAAACAAAAAAAAAUUGCAGUUUCGAGGCGGCAAUCGCAGGUGAACUUACGUCACUCUCGUUGAUCUCCAGCACGGAGGCCAAAUCCCACUCGACGCUUGGAAGUGGAUUGGAGAUGAACUUGGCUGCCGUAGCGACCGAUGGCAGUACGUGCGACUGUAGUGUGGCGAUUUCCCACAGACAGCUUUCCAGAGCGUUUGACUUCACCGGAUCGCACUCGUCCAUGAUGAAUGGAUCUUGGGACACUGAAAAGGAUAGCAAUGGAAAAAAAUGGAAACAAAACUAGAAUGGGUUCUAAAAUUCUAUGUGUUCUAAUAUCUUCGACGAUUUUUCAUUUCAUUAAAGCGAGAAGGCGAUAAUAUUGGUGCCAAAACGAAAAUUGACCACAAUGAAUGUAGGUUGCUGAGACGUUGCUGGAACAAUACAAAUAAAUGCGCGCAAUGGUUUCCAGCCAGAUUAUUCAAAUUCGCAAAAUGUUGUAUGCUACAUAUCGCUUCAGAAUAAUGAGAGUGCAUCAAUCAAUAUACAUCUCCAAACUAUUUUGAUUCCAAUACGUUUGCUGUUUAUGCAAGUAUAUCUGCAAGUUCUUGUUGCGUUUGUGACGGAUCUUGAUCGAGUAAAGCCUCCAAUUCUUCAUCUUCAAACUUUUUUGAAGGUCCGGAACGAUCUUCUUCUUCCAAGUCAAAAUUUCAACUUUCAAACCGUGCAAACCACGUCUGACACGUUCGCUUGGUUGCAGCAUGGUCACCAUAAACUUCAACCAAAAUGCGAUGAUUUUCCGCAGCUUUUGACGUGGGACUACGUCUAACCGGAGUAUAUGGGGGGUAAAAUGAAAACCUAAACACAGAACAUGCAGGAAAAAAUGAAAGAUUCGGAAUGCUUAUAACUCGAACAUUUCUUACUGGAUCGGAAAGAUGUUUGCAUCAACUGAUAGGGAAUAUUUCUACGCAUCUAUCGCAAUUAAUAAAAUGUUAUUUUUCAUUAGAUAAACAAUUGAAUAACUGUAAAACGUUAAGCGUUAUAAAAACGCCCUAACUACCUCGCUUUGAUUGGCCCGAUUGACGGUUUCCCCAACACAGCCAUCUAAAUCAAGCAGCGUUGGGGAAAUCGGCAUGGCAAAUACAUGGAAGUAUGGGGACUUUUAUUCUCAUCGAAAUGUGUUCCCUAACACAGACUUCAAAACCAAGCAGCGUUGGAGAAAUCUGCAUUACCAAUACAUGAAAGUCGGGGGUAUUUUUGUUCUGACUGAAAUGUGUUUCCCUAACACGGACUUUUAAUCCAUGGAGCGUGGGGAAAUUGGCAUUGCGAAUACAUGUAAGUCGUGGGCAUUUUUGUUGCGACUCUAAUGUGUUUCCUUAACGUAGACUUGAAAUCAAUGGAGCGUGGGGAAACUGGCAUUACAAAUUCAUGCAAGUCGGAGUUUUUUUUUGUUCCGAUUGAAAUGUGCCCUAAAAGCCCCCGCAGACUGCAGGCUUUUGUUGGCCGAUAGUUUGACUGGUCCACUUAAUCAGUACAAAGCGACAUGCAUAUGCACACACUUCACCGAUUCAGUAUCGGCAAACCGCAUUCAAACUGUUUUGUCAGUACUGGCGAGUUUUGACCUGCGGCCAUACGACGAUUGUUUAUUGAUCGACAGUUCAAUUCGCUCUCAAUUUUGGAAUCCGACAUACAUGCCGUGCGAAUCACUGAGAAUGGAAUGUACCCAAUACUCUCGGAUUCUGUUUUUGAUUUUCCUUCUUCGUUGUCAAACGAUGAUUAAACAAUAUGCGUUCGACGUACAUAUCAAAAUCGAAACUGAGUGCCUGAAAUUCAUCAAAUCAAGCGAAUUCGCGGUUCAAGAAGUACGUACACUUGAGAGAUGCAACCUUCAGAGGGAAAUGUAAAAUAAAAUAAUCGUUUGAUAACUCUUCCGUUCACAUAUUUUGUCGUAACGUAAAAGAAAUAUCAUUAAAUUUACUUAUAACGAAGAACAUAAUCUAUCAUAAUGCAUGAAUUGACCUUAUAUGGCAUUUAUUCAAUCUUUUCACUCACAACUGAAUAUAUUAAAUUCGGAAAUUGUUUCAUUCAAUCAAAAAGUCAAUCAAUACAAACAAAUGAUUGCUAAGCUAAGGUAGUCCCACGUCAACCUUGCGGUUAUAUCAUAGAUAUAACCCACCCAUUUUUUCUUCAUAUUGAAGCAAUGAAGUAACACUCCCCGCAAAAACACUCUAGUUGGUACGAGAUUUGACAUAUUCGAAGUGGCAAAAAACUAUGUUGUUUGCGCUUCAACUUUUUGACAUAUACUGAAAAAGUUAGGCCAUCUGUUGUGAAACCGAAGAAACUUACCGGUACACCCAAUAGGUUGGGGAAAAAGUAAUCCAUUAUUUUUGGGUGAAAUUCGGAACUAUUUUUAAUAUGCUUCGGAUUGUCCGAUUUGGGUCAACUAUGCACCGUUUUGUUGUAAAAUUUCUAAAGGUAGCUUCAUAAUGUCAUUAUUAGGUCUUGGUCUUGGACCUUAUUGGCGGAAGACUCUAGCUGUAGAUUUUUACAACCUUCUCUUCAUCCAAAUCUCUAAUCACUCAGGAAAUUUGGCAAUGCGAAGAACGUAAUAAUAAAUUUCCCCAACGUAAUAAUAAAUAGUAUGAUUGUUAGAAACGUAUGAACCUACACAUUCCAUGUUAAAUUAAUCUCAAAUCGAUCACGAAUUCAAGUAACUGGUAAGAGCCUCUGGGACUGUCCCUGCUGCAGUGUCCUUGGUAAUUCCAGUAGUGUAAUGUGUGUUCGAUACACCGACAUUUACGCUCGUGAUUUUCUUUGAUAUCGGUUUCUGAUAACAACGCCACCGGGCUCGAAUUAUAUGCCUCAGGUUAGCAAACACAUAAAGCUUCCGCAUGUUCUCUGCUGUUAUACCCCACGUCUCACUUGCAUAUUUCACAAAAAUUUCACAUUCGAGUUGAAAAUUUCAAUGAAAGUCAGGUAUAGUACCAGUUCGUCAACUGGGAAAAAAUGCAACCCAACUAGCGAAAUCCCUGCCACACCGAUUCUUGCCAAGUCCUACUCCACCUGGUCCAACCACCUCGCUCGCUGGGCUCCCUUCUUCUUGUCCCCACCGAAUUCGAUGCGAACACCAUCUUUGAGGGGUUGUUGUCCGGUAAUCUUGCAACAUGCCCUGCCCAUCGCACUUGCCCAGUCUUGACGACAUUCUGGAUGCUGAAUUCACCGUAGAGUUGCGCCAGUUCGUGGUUCAUGCUCCUUCUCCAUACUCCGUUUUCCUGUACACCACCGUAUAUUGAUGUAAACACUCGGCGCUCAAAAACACCAAGUGCUUGUGAAUCCUCUUCGAGAAUCGCCCAUGCUCCGUUCCCAUAGAGAACAACCGGUCGGAUUUAAAGGAUUUGCACAUGGUAGACUUCGUACGGGGUCGGAGUUUCUUGGAUCUAAAGGAUUUGCGGAGCCCAUAGUAGGUGCGACUUCCGUUGACCAUGCGUCUUCGAAUUUUACGACUGGCUUGUACGUCGUCACUUUACUUCCAUUUCGGAAGAAUGUCGGGAGUGAAAAUUGAACUCGUGACCUUCAGCGUGAGAGAUAAGGAUGUAUGGACAUCUCUCUUGUUGUUGUCUGUUGUUAUCAAAUAGACAAGUAGACAAAUUUCUCUACCACCUCGAGCUUGUCGCCGUCGAUCACAACACUACUAACAUGAAGAAUUCUGUUACGAUCAGUCCCUCCAUGUAUUUAGUAUUAGACGCAUUGAUCUCAAGCCCAAUCAGUCCUGCUUCGCUUCUCAGUCGGGUAUACAAGCCCGCUUCCGUCGCAUGUGUUCUUCCGAUUAUAUCCACGUCGUCGGCGAAGCAGAUAAACCGAUUUGUUGAAAAUCGUGCCCCGCAUGAUGAAGGCCGCUCUCCGCAUAACACCUUCCAGCUCCACGUUGAAGAGCAAAUAGGAAAGGCCAUCGCCUUGUCGAAGUCCCCUGUGAGUCUCAAAUGAUUCCGACAGAUCGUCUCGAUCAAAUGGUUUUUUAAUGAAGACAACAUAAUCCACACACUACACCGCACAACGUUCAUCGUUGCCUGAAUCAGUCUUGUUAGCCUUUGGGGAAAACCGUGUUCGUCCAUGAUUCUCCAUAGUUGUCAUCGGUCGAUUGUAACAUAUGCGACUUUGAUGUCGACGAAGGUGUGGUGCGUAGGGAUCUGAUAUUCGCGGUACUUUUGGAAGAUCUACCGAAGUAUAAAAAUCUGGUCCGUCGUCGAGCCAUGAAUUCGGCCUGAUAACUUCCCACAAUUUUGUUUACUAAAAUUUAUAGACGUCGAAAGAGGAUCUGAGACAGAAUUUUGUAGGCAUCAUUCAGGAUCGUGAUAGUUUCCACAAUCCAGCUUGUCACCUUUUUAUAGAUGGGACAGAUUACUGACUAAAUACUGAGAUCCUGACUCAGUACCGGUGCAUAUACUUAACAAUUUUUUCCAAAACUUUCUUGAAGAGCUCCGCUGCGAGGCCAUCGUUACUAGCUGCUUUGUGGUUCUUCGACUGAUUAAUGGCCUCCAUAACUUCACCUAUCAUUGUUCCUGCACCUUUCGGCCCGUUGCACAAAGCCAUUGUGCGAGGUGCUUAGUUUCUUGAAGAACUUCCGCGGUUCUCGAGAACGAUAAAGCAACUCCAUCUCUUCACACUCUUUCUCUUCCAGGCGACGCUUUUUUCCCGAAAAAGAUGUGUUUGCUACUUUCGCUUGAGUCUGUAUCGUUCCACGUUUUGUCGAGUCGCUCGUUGCAGAAUGGCUACACGUGCUGCAUCCUUCUCGCUCAGAAGCGCUCGACACUCGUCGUCAAACCAUUCGUUCCGUUGUCCUCGUUGUUCAUACCCGAUGAUGGUCGUCUCUACUGUGCUGCUAAUUGCUGCUUCCAAGGUGUUCCAGCAUUCAUCGAGUGGAGUAGCAUCCAGUUCGUGUACCCCCGGUAACGCAGCUUCAGGACACUGCGAGUAUGUUGCAGCAACGUGUAAUUUAGUAUGGUUACGAAAAAUUGGUCUUCUGGUUUUUCAAAAGCUUCGCGUCUUAACAAAUACACCAUAAACGAAGAUAAUUAUUAUAUCCUACACUGUGCACAUCGAAUUGAAGAAAAAUGUACAAUACGUACAAAAUGUACAAAAUGUUAGGGGUUUGGCUCCUUCAAACUUAUGUACCUGUAAACACAAACGAUUUAAAAAACUGUGCACAUCAUUUCUCGCCUAACAUUUGAAAAGGUCCUAUGUAACAUCCACAUCAACUCGAGAAAAUUAAGUUGAAGAUCGGAACAUUGUACCCCGAAUUGUUUUAAAAGGAAUCGAGCUUUAUCAUUACUUUUACUACUAGCAGUCAAUAAAAACUCUGAAAAACCAAUCGUAACUGUUGUUGUUAGGAUUACAACUAACAGCAAAGACCCCUCGACCGUUCGCCUCACGCAUGCAUUGCCAACAUCUACACACAAGACAUACAAAACAAUAGUGAAUUCCACACAAAGGAAAAAAGGUUCAAUUACAACAAUAGGAUACACAGAGUAAACACAUAAGUUAUUAUAAUACCCUAAAAUUUGCAUGCAAAGUUUCCUAAACGCAGAAUAAGUGAAAUUGUAUUUGUUGCUGUUUAUUGUUAUUUGUGAAGAUUAAAACUUCGAGCUAACUUUGAGCAAAAAUCAAGUUUGCUUCGGGGAAUCCGAAUCUUCAGCAACAAAAUCUCGAAGUUUUAUGGUCGAGAAAUAAUGCAUCGGAGGUCCAACGUUCGUCAAACGAGAUCCCAAGCGAGGGCGUUGCGAGAGCGACAAGCAAACCUCCACAUCGGCAGCGACCAAGCGCUAUUGCGUGAUCCAGCUAAAGAUAACACCCGCGUUAAGUUAUCUUCCGACAAUGAACGCGCAGAAGCGUUCGAUUGUGCUGGAUGUCAGCGACCGAACAAUAGUGAACCAAUGGUGCGAUGUCGAGAUUGUCAGUGCUAUUGGCACUAUUCAUGUGCGAAUGUGAAUUCAACAACAGUUCAUAUGGAACCAUUCGUCUGCGCAACAUGCAUUCAACCAAUCCGUUUUGCCCCAAUUCGUCCUUCUUCUAGUGCCUUGAGUACCCACAGUGUACGACAAACACGAAUAUCCCGUGAACUAGAGAGGUUGGAGGAAGAGAGACAAUUGGAGGAACAAAUUCAUCGGGAACGAGUCGAGCAGGAGAAAUUGCUCCAAGAAAGGGCUAGACGAGAAACACUUGAUCGGCAACGGCAAUUCAUUGCCCGUAAAUAUGAGAUCUUGAGUCAAGGGGAUGAAGAUAACGACGAUCUGAGGAGUGGUAGUAGUAGUUUUCGCAAUAGUAAAAUCCGGAACUGGCUGGAUGAACAAGCAGUUUCUGCGGUCCUCAAACAAUCAACUCCGCGCACUCCAAAAGAAGCCACUGGUGGACAAAAUAUUCGUAUGCUCAACUUAGCGGACCAGCUAGCCGCAGUAAUGGAUGUCGAGACCACUGGUAGCAUAACUAUGGAAGACUCGCUUGGCCAAAGAGAUGAAGGUGCACACGCUGUGGAACGUAAAUUACUCCAGGAUCCUGUCUACCCUCCGUUAUCACCGGUAAACGUUCGAACCUACUACGAGUUCUUAGAGGAACCUACAACGGGGGCCAUUCCUAAGGUGAUCAAGAAUGAGACGUUGUACGAAAAGUAGCGGUCUGAAACUCACAAUAUUCGGAGACUUCAGGAUUUAAAGGCAGAGCACAAGAAGGAAAAUGAUAUACGACGGAAUCGUGAAUUGGAUUUAAUUG